UGUGUCGCGUUCCGGCCCCGGGAUAAGCCUAUCUAUAUUUGGUACCAGGCCGCCAUAACUGCAUCGGCUGCCGAGGGGUAAUCAUCUCUCGUCAGUUAACAUUCUAUUGGAUCUCACUCCAAGAUAUAAAAAAAAAACAAUACCCCUUUCCCCACCCCUAAAGUCCUAAUAAUCGACCAGCUAGGGAACGUUGUUGCCACAUUGCGGUUGGAUUGGGUGCCAGAAGGUAUCCAAAGCAGGGCAACCCGACUAUACCUAACAACAGUAGAUCCUCAAAAAAUUGUUUCCCUUCCAAAUAAAACAACUCCUUAUCAUGUUUUAUUAGUAUUUUAUAAAAAAAAAUGAAUUCUCUGGAUUUCACUAAAAGUAACGGUGAUACUUAAUUCUUUUUCUUGGAGUUUAUAAUAAUUAUGCUCUGCGAUAUAGCCUCCAGGGAGCUAUUAAUAACUCAGUAUCCUGGGUUACUGAUAGAGUAAACAUGAAAGAAAACAACAUAAUGCCACAUUUGCCUAUGUAGUAACCAUAACAACUUGGACGCAAACAACUGUGAGACGUCACAUAUUUUCAUUAAACUGUUUAGUUGAUACAGAAAAUUAAAACAAAGAACUGGUCAAGCUGCAAUUGAUAAAUGCUAUAUUAGAUCAUUUACUUGUCAAUGCAAUAUUUGUAAUGGAUAAUUCUGACGGUAAUGCUUGGGUAUUUGAUUCACUGGUGGGGUUUCUACAUGGACCUGUUUGGAACGUCCCCCUACAGACAUUUAUAGAAGAGAAGUCCUUGCCUUUUGAGCCGACGGACAAUGGGGAAGUGCUUGAUAGACCUGAAUAUAAAAAGAUUCACAAUGAAUAUCGAAACUUAGUAGAUGUGAUGCUAGGAUCGUUUAUGGAUGACAUAGGAAUUACGGCAGAACAAUUUGAGGCGGCUUGUAAGCUUUCGGCUCGUGACUUGGCAGGAUUGCCGGCGCAUUUUUAUCGUCGCCUGUUUGAACAAAUAUGGGCGGCCAAUGACUACGACAUGUUCGUCAAAAUGAUGACGCACAAGAAUGUGGAACUGCAACUACAGGCUUUAGAAUUAAUAGAGAGAAGAUAUGGCGCAAUGCCGAACCUGUUUUCAUCAGACUCGGAAGAUUUGGAUACAUCACGCAGCGAGGAAAGCGAUGACUGGCCAGACAAUGAUGAUGUCAUGACUGAGAUUAAAAAGCUGCAACUGGAUGAAAUUGAAGAUAAAGUUGAGAUAAGUGUUCCACCUGAAGAAGUGGUGGCUGAAAAACAAACUCUUUUGAAUAAAUUACAAAGUUUUGAAAAGAAAGAUGAUAACAAGGAAAAACGUAAUGUUUCCUUUCCUAUGGUGAAAAAAAAAGUUUUAGAACCACUGAAGCAGCCGCCACCUCCUCCGCCCAAAAAAAUUGAGGUGACCGAAGAAGAAAUGCGCGCACGGCAAGAGUACCUAAAGCAACAACGCGACAAACUCUUGGCUUUGAAGAAACAAGUCCGCGAGCGACGGCUUGGAGCUGUUGACACUGAAGAAGCACAUGGUGAAGGUCCGGGCGUGUUGGGUGCGGCGGGUGGUGCGCGGGCGCGGCCGCGGUCGGCACGCGCGGCGGCGGCGGUGCUGGCGGGAGUGGCGCCGCCUCCCACACCGGACGCCAUGCAGCUACGCCGGGCACUCGCCUCCAAACUCAAGACUGAAGUUGUCGACUUUCACUAAACAUACCUGAACUAUCUUCUCUAUUCGUUACCAAUUAAAACUUCUCAACACUAAAA